GGGGGGCUGUUGUGACUUGAAGCUCAUGUAUGGAUUAAGCUACUUUGCUACUAUUAGGUUAAUCUUGAUAUUGGUGCUGAGCAAGGUUGUUAAAACAGAUUUCUUCUGUCACUCCACACUUUGGUUUUACUUUUUUAGUUUCCAUGCUUUUAUUGUGUUUUUUUUAGGGACUUUUGUUUAGGAUUUUCUGUAUCAUAGGACAGACCCUACAUGCUGUGACAUGGUUUGACAAGAAACACUUUCUCAAGACUGUGUUGUAUUCUCUGCAAGCUAGGAGGCUUGCAACGGAAUUCAGCCACGAGGAUUUAACAGUUUUGCUUCAUGCGAGCCGCUUUUUCAAGUGGAUUAUCGUGUUUCUUGUUGGGGUUACUUUGUGUUGUUUUACACAGUGCUGAGUAUGAACGUAAGACAAUAGUUUGACAUUUUGGCCAUUCUUCUCUCAGACUGGAUGGUUUCCUGUUGAUUCUCUGUAUUCGUUUGGGGCCCAUUAAACAAGAAACAAUCACAACACCCUGACAUUUUCAGUAGUCCCCGUUUUCAAUUGUCUAUUUAGAGAAGUAGCAUGGACAAUGUGUUUUGUUUUGUGGCUAAGCUUUAUAACUUGUUGGCAUGGUGAGGAGUAUUAUUACCAGGUUUAAAAAUAAGACAAUGCUGCUUUUCCUCUUGAUUCUCAAGGCGAACAAGGAAGAUUUCUUCUUCUCCUUUUACUCUUUAGAAUUUGUCCUCUGAGGGUAUUCUGUGGAGAUGUUGCUGGCAUACUUUGUUUUAGGUCAUUUUAGUUAUUGGUCAGGCUCAACACUCGUAUGCCAAACUGUAGAGGUUGAAGUAGCUGGUUAGGCUCUUCCUUGUAGGCGACACAUCUUUGUUGAGAUGAAAUAGUGAAAAUAGUAAAUUAGAAGGUUUCACUAAAAUGACCCGAGUGUCAAAACCACUAGAACCUUUUUCUCCUAAUCUCACCAGGCAUCUGAUUCUGUCUGUUUACAUAUUCAGCUGAUACAUUGGCUGUCAUCAGCAUGACAAGAAAGAAUGAAAAAGUGAUGACGAGUCAGUGAUUUUGUGAGGAGUUACGGUGCUGCUCACAGACAAUGUUGACAGACCUGUUGCACUUGAGGAAUUUAAGACACGUUCUCUUGCUCUACCUUGUUCUCAUAGAGAUGAGAUCACAUCUACACUCUAUUUAUGUCAAAAGUUACGAGGGCUCAGGUAUGAGGUUGAACUAUGAUGUUACAAUAAGUCACUAUCUUCUGCUAAGGCAUGGUUUAAUGUAACAUUCCACUUUAUUAGCUGUCACACCGCAAGUACUGUAUGUGCCGUUUAAUUUGAGAUUUCCUGUUUGCAAUGCAAGAUCAACCACAGAGUUUGAAAAGGAAGAAAACCUCUUCAUCCAUUUGAUUAACUUAAGCAAAUAGCUGAUGACAUGCCUCAUCUUUUCAACACAGAAACCUUGAUUAAUAAGAUCAAGUGAAGUUGUGUAGCUUUCACUAAAAGGCCAAUAAAGUUUACGUCCCGGACCUUUACCUGGACUAGGUAAAGCUAAUUGUCACGUUACAGCCCAAAGUGUUUGAACUAGUUUAAAACAAAUGUCAAACAUUCUUGUUUAAACCAGCUUUGAUGGCCAUCAGGCAUGCAUGCAGGGCGUGUCACCUCAGGGUGGCUUGGGAGCGAACAGGUGUGAAUAAUGUGUUGAUGUGUGUCGUCACUCCGUCCUGCAUUCCAGCUCCACACCACACAGCCACUCAGUGAUGUCUUUACAACAACACUUCCUGUCAGCGCACAGAGAAACCGAGAAACCAGAGCAGUGAACAGAUUUACACCGCACUCACAUGGUGUCCCACCAACAGGACUGGAUAUAGCUUUGUGGCGGAUUGUAAUUCCUGGAUUCCUUUAGCAUUGUGGAUAUGGGAGGAGGAGAGGAGGUAUUGGUGAGCAGGAACGGGUCCACCAUGCAGUUUCCACGCACCAGUUUGAACCGUUUCAGGCUCCGUCCUUCCCAAAGCCCAGUGGGGAGAAGGCGCAUAAAACCAUCCUCCCUACAGAAAAAAGCCAGAAAUCCCAGCCCCACCGAGAUGAGCGUGGAGCCCUGGGCCAGCCCGCAGGACCAGGCAGCCGCUGAGCACGCACACAGCACGCACACGCCAUCCUCCCAGGAUCAGGAGCAGCACCCCGACAAACUCUGCCUGGACUCGUUCUGGAGUGAGGUGGAGACCAUCCGACAGGGGAGUGGCUACACAGACCUUGACAGCACCAAGAGGGACUCCAGACAGUCAGAAGAAGGCGAACAGGAGGAGCAGUGGUUGGCCGAUGCUGGUUUAUCGACGCUCAUCAGCGAGGACAGCGAGGAUGUAGACAACACGGUGCUGCUGUUAACUCUGACCCGGACCCAGGCCGAGGCCGUCCAGCGGCGACUGGAUUCCUACACGCUGUCGCUCCGCAAGAGGAACAAACCCGCACCGCGUGACGUUCGUGACAUCUUCCACUCCCCCAUCACUCAGACACUUCUGCCUGAGUCCCAGCAUAGUGAAGAGCCUGCCCAAAACAGCAUGGCAUCAGUUGCCAAAACACCACUAUCAGCUAUGACAGCGGAGCAUCGACGAGGCACUCCCAAAGAGGAAGUCUUCAUCACCGACGUGGCUUACUGCGAACAGGCUGUCAUCUUCCUUAAACAGGCCAAACUGCCACAGAACAAAAGCCAACGCAGAAAAGAGGAUGGCACCCUGCCUCGGGUGGUCUGCCCUAAGUGCCGUCUGGGAGUGACUCGUAUUCAGGAUCUCUCCCACAGCGACAUGAAGAAGGUGCGUCAGCUGGCUCUCAUCGACAUGACGGCGCUGUGCGACCUCUUAGAGCUGGAGGUUAAAAGGCACAAAACCAGCAAGAGGAAAAUCCCAGAGAGCACGCUCUACGGGGUGCCGCUGGCGACGCUGCUGGAGAACGAUCAGAAAAUAAAACCCAACACCUCGACUCCUCUCUUCAUGCAGGCGCUGUUGUCAUUUUUGGAGAAGAAAGGUGUCGAUUCGGAGGGGAUCCUGCGGGUUCCAGGAUCUCAGUCCAGAAUCAAGCAUCUGCAGCAGAACUUGGAGAGCAACUUCUACUCAGGGCAGGUCAGCUGGGACGAGGUGAGUCCGAAUGAUGCCGCCGCGCUGCUCAAGAAGUUCAUCCGGGAACUGCCCGCUCCUCUGCUCACCGCCGAGUACCUCAACACCUUCAGCGCCGCCCUCCUCGAGUUCCUCAGUAAGGUGGUUUCCAGGGAGAAGAGAAACAGGAUGAACCUGUGGGCCGUAGCAACCAUCAUGGCUCCCAACCUCUUCCUCCAUAAGGCCGUCCCCAGCAGACUGACUGAGGGGGCAGAGAAAGGGCAUGCGGAGAAGGCAGCUGACGUCAUGAGGCUCCUCAUCCGCUACCAGGACCUGCUCUGGACGAUCCCUAAUUUCCUGAUGAGCCAGGUGCGUAAGCUGAAUGAGAACAGUAACCGGCGCUACCAGUUCUACGAUCGCCGCAUCAAGAACUUGCUGAGGAAGAUCCACACAGACAGCCGUGAAAAACCUGAUAAAAACACCUCAGAUCCGUGCCGUACUGUGAAGAUCCAGGUCGGGGAUCUGGUGAGCGGCACAAUGGAGUUCCCGCUCAACGUCAACUCCCGAGCCUCAGACCUGCUCGCCCAGUUUCAACACCAGUCCCUCCGCAGCCCCGACAAUGGAAAGGGCAAAAUGCGAAGAAACGGCUCUGUGGCGUAUCCGGACUGCGCCCUGUAUGAAGUGGGAGGGAAUAUUGGUGAACACUGCCUGGAUCCCGACGCACACCUUCUGGAUUUGUACAACACUAACACUGGAGGAGAGUGGGUCAUCAAGCUGAAACCCAACGCCAGCAGAGGGCUGUGAAGGGUGGGCGAACAGUUUGGCAAACAGCUCGCCGGAGAAGGACAAAGGCAUAGCAUAAAAAAAAGGAUCAAAUCCAUGCAGCCCUAUCUUCUUGUAUUUUUCAUCCUUGGAUCAACAAGGGAGAAGGAGACAGAUGGAGGGAACAGAAACCAAUAGAUAGAGAAUCUGCCAGGAGCAGAGCCUAAAAACUGGCUAUAGUCAGAUGAACACACUUUGCCCUCUUUCUCUUUCCCUCUCUCUCUCUCUCUCUCUCUCACUCUCUCUAUAUCUUCCUUCUCUUUUUUUCCCUUUGCUCCAUCAUACCUCUCCUGCGUUGCCGCGGGGAUGCAAUGCUGCAAGUAGAAAGCCGCUGACGUGACUCAUUACUUCAGACAGAAAACCUGCUGCAUAGAAAAGAGAGGAGAGAGAGAGAGAGAGAGAGAGAGCAGCUUGGCAGUUUGGUUUGCCAUCUUUUCUCUCAAGCAAUCAUCUCCAACCAUGAGUGAGCAGAUGGGGAUGCAGAGCACCUCUGGUUAUAGAGAGCAGAGGUCCCGCCUCCUGCUCAGGCCAGCCAGACAAUGUGUUUUCAUAUCCUGGGUUUCAUUCAGUCUUUUGCAAAAAGCUGAAACAUGAUUCAGGAGCUUUAUGACAAUAUUCUUGGCUAAAUUGGUGUCUUAUAAUGCACUGGUUUUAUAUAAAAAAAAAAAACAUUUAUUCUGAGAUUCAUCAAUUAACUUGGAAACGGCAUUGUCACCACGAGGUCCAUUCUGCUACUAAAUGGACAUACAUUCUCUAGGAGAGAUUUACCUGAGGAAAGCAGGUUUCUGGAAGCCCCCUAGCAUAAAUCAAGUUUCUCGUUUACAUGACAUGAAAUCAGUUUACUGGAAAAGUCGACUGUAACUUAGACACUCAAGUGACCAUUUAGCUUAUGAUAUUUACAGAAAAACAUAUGUCCUGCCUUUUUAAUUACUGAUGAUUAAAAACCAGGGAGAGAAAAAAUAUUGAAAACUGAAAGCUAGUGGAACAGAAGCUAACCUGGAAAUGGAGCGGGACUUCAGCUCUUUGUAAGCAUACAGUUACCAACUGAUCAAUCAGUUAAUCAACCGGCUGAUCCCUCUAAUCUGUCUCUCUGCUAACCGUUUUUCCAGCUCAGACAUUUUGAUCACAAAGUAAACAAAGACGGAGGGUUUUUCUCUGUAUCGACUCCGUUCGUCUGUGCCAUUCAAAGAGGGAAAGAGACCCAGAUGAACCGAUAUCUUCUUAUCUGUGAAACCUUGCGAUCUCCUGGGCCUUAUAAAAAAAAUCCAUGGACUUCCAAGGACCCCUGAUUUGUACAGAACAGUGCUCAAAGAGACUUUUCUUUUUUUGAUACCAAGGGAUUCAACCUCAAGGACAGUUAUUGCACCUCUAAAGGGAAUUGUUAAGGACACACAGUGAAGCUGGUCUUCAGUUCUCAUUUUUAAACACAUGAAAGUGCCAAAAGUACUGAAGUGACUCUUGGGGUAUACUGGGAUUAUUGUUGUUAUUUAUCUGAAUGUAAUGCCAUUGUUGCUUCUGUAUUUGAUGAGUAUAAUGUAGGCUAGAGAGACUUUAGGAUAAUGUGGAGUUGCUGCACUCAGUGUAACAGUAUAUUGUGUUAAGUCACCCAUACUCAAUGUGGGAAUUUGUAGUGUUCCUGUACAUAUUUCUUCAUAUUUUCUUUACACCCUAAACAGUACAGUAACAUAAAUGUGUAAAUAUUCAUGCAUACACUCUGCUGUGAAGAGGCACUGAAAUCACUGCAGUAGGACUGUUUUGAUUGUGUUGCUACUCGAGGUAUUCCAAACACACGCAAGCAGCAAAUGAAUGUGUUUAACAUUUUGCGGCGAUCGUUAGAUGUGAAUCAUUUACUCCUCGCAGUCGGAGCCAUGUUGGUACGCCGCAGCCAUUUUGUGGGAAGUGUCUCCCACACUCCACUCAAUAGAUGGAGUAAUGACAGUCGGCCCGGCACCAACAUCUAUCAACACCCUCCGCUCCAUCUCUGUCACAUCCCAAUAAUGGACCAUAAUGGCGGUGUGGUGCAUGCAUCAGAAACACGCUGAGGAAUCACAUUUCUUUCAUAAAGGAGAAGGUAAUAAAUGUCUGUUAUAAAUUCUGCUGCCCUGAACCUGAUGACAGCAGCUGUGUGUGUGUGUGUGUGUGUGUGUGUGUGUGCGUGUGCGUGUGUGUGUGCGUGUGCGUGUGUGCGUGCAUGUGUGUGAUGAGCUUCAUUACACAAGUCCAAUUGGCCUGUCCCAGGGUCCCAGUUCAGUGCCUCAGCACAGAGCGAGCCGAUGAAACUGCCUUCUGCUGACAAUCAGGAGAACUAGGUCACCUCUGAAGCAGCCCCCCAGAGGCCAAGCAGUGUGAGUCCAAACACCCCUAGGAGCCCAGCACAUGGACAAGUAUUGUGUAAACACACACACACACCACGAUGUGGAGUCACCAAAACAGGGGGCACAAGUUCACACACUACAUCAUUUUUCUGUUGUUUGUGUUUGUACGUUAUGAAUGAGUUUGUGUGUGAGAGAAAAAGAAGACGCGUCCUUUGGGCUGGAUAGCUCUGAAACAGUGUUAUCUAUAUGAUCACCCAGGGAGACUAAAUGAUAGACGGUUACAGGAACGUUUGUUGUGAUCAAAGUGUGGUUGUGGACCUCUUAUUGUCUUCAUCAACGUCCAGCUUUUAUUGUGGUGAAGAUUUUAGACGUCAGUCAGCAGACGUCAGAAUGUAUAUUUAUGCCCUUUACACAAGUCAUUGUUUUUAAUACUUCUGUGAAAAUAGUAUUUGCUGUAGAAAGAAAAACUUUAGAAAAAUGUUUUUGUCAAUAAAUGUGAAUCUAAUGUGCUAAA